UGUCAGCUGACCGACUCACAGGUGGGGGGGUCGUGGACACCUUCGGGGGCUGUUGGUCUCUCCCUCCACCUUGUGAAAUGGUUUAAGGUGGCAGCCUCCCCACCCCCACCCGCCCCACCAUGUUCCUCCACCUGCUGGGGCAGCGAGCACCCUACGGGGCCUCCGGCCUUCCUUGGACAGCCAGGUCACCUCCCACGGCCCACACAGCCGCCAUCAGGGACUGUGGCAGGACCGGGGUUUCGGGAGCUCUAAUCAGCCGCCUUCCAACGCCAUCCUCAGCACCCCCCUCACCUGGUAACCUGUCUGCGGGCCCCAGCCUCUCAAACCUUGCCUCCCUGGGGCGCUUUUGUUGACUCUUCAUCACAAAGUGCAGGUUCAUCCCCUGGCUGGUCAGCCUGAGCCUUUCCACGCCUGAUCUAGUCAUCCUCCCAGUUACCUGUUUAUGGUUCAGAAACCAGCCUUGGGGCCGAGGUAACCUGCCCAGAGCUGAGAUGUUUAGUCAAACUUUAUUAUUAUUAUUUAUAUAGCAAACGUAGAAUUUGCCAUUUAAGCCACGUUUUAAGUGUGUGACUUGGCGGCCUUGAUUUCAUUCACAGUGCUGUUUGUGCGGCCAUCACUACUAUUUCCAAAAUGUUUUCAUGAUGCCGACCAGAAAUGUUAUACCCAUUUCAUUACCAGUCACUGCCCAGCCCCGUCCGGGCCUCCCCAAGCCCCUGGUAGCCUCUACUUUCUGCUGCUGUGAUCUUGCCAAUUCUAGAUGUUCCACAUAAGGGGAAUCUGGCUUAUUUCCCUCAGCCUAAUGUCUUCCCAGUCCGUCCGUGUUGGAUGUAGUCUGUGUCAGUAUUUCAUUCCUUUUUUUGGGGUGGGGUUGCUUGUAGUUUAUCUGGGAGUCAGUUCCAGGGAGCGGGAUUAAGCGAGGUGGCAUUGUGAAAUGGAGAAGUGGGACAUUCAGUCUAAGGGUUUUAAAUCGAGGUAUAAUUGACCUGUCAUGGUAUUUACUAGCUUCAGGUGUACAACGUAAUGGUUUCAUGUUUGUUUAUUGCAGAAUGAUCACUAAGUCUAGUUAACACCCUUCACCACACAUAGUUUUUUUUUUUCUUUAAGUUCUUGGAUGAGAAAAGUUCUUGAGAACUUUCAAAAAUCUGCUUUCUUAGCAGCUUUUAAAUAUGCAGCAGUCAACAUUCUGUACAUUAUAUCCGCAUGACUUACUUUAUAACUGCAAGUUUCAUUCUUUUCUAAGGCUGAAUAAUAUUCCAUUGUGUGGAUGGACCACAUUUUGUUUAUCCAGGCAUUAGCUGAUGGACACUUGGGUUGUUUCCACCUUCUGGCUGUUGUGAAUAGUUCUAUGAACGUGAGUGGGCAGGUCUCUGUGUCCGUGAGCUAAACUCUGGGGUAUGUAUUUAGGAGUGGAAUUGCUGGAUCACAUGGUAGUUCCGUGUUUCGUGUUUGGAAGAACUGCCUGAUUGUUUUUCAAGAUGGCUGCACCAUUUUGCUUUUCUACCAGCAACAUACAAAUAAGGGUUCCACUUUCCUUGAGCCUCACAGCACUUGUUACUCUGGUUUUGAGUCCAGCCAUCCUGGCCGGUGUGAGGUGGGAGCUCACUGCAUCCCCUGGUGACUAACUGUGUCUGUUAGUCUAUUUUCAUCUGCUUAUUGGACAGGUGCACAUCUUUGGAGAAAUGUCUAUUCAGGUCCUUUGCCCAUUUUUCUUUUUUGAUUGUCUAUCUUUUUGCUGUUGGGCUGUAGGAGAUCUUUAUCUAUUCUGGUUACUAAACCGUCAUCCAGAGCUGGAUUUUGACACUGCUCUGGAGGCUCCCCCCGGGGCACUGUGGCCGCCUGGAGCCCCGGUUAAGCGGACCGAGGUGUAUUACCAGCCCUGGGCUUGCUUGCUCUCUCCCACGUUCUGCUUUGAUGCUCAUACUGUGGCCACCAUCCUCGUAGACCUGAUUGGGUGGUGUCUUUGGUGGCUUCAGGGAGAGGGCUCCUGGGAUGAAAGGGCCCAGGCAGUUUUUCAGAGCUUGGAGCCUGGGGGUGGCCUCAGCAGUUGGGGGACAGCAGCUGGAAUGGGAGCAGGGGGUGGGGGUGUGGGGUUCGGACCCUGGCCACUGGCAGGCUGUCUUGUGGCUGUGUGGGACCCUUGGACUGGGUCAAAACCACCGCAGCUGCCAGAUGAGUGAAGGCUGAAUGGGAGCACUGGUGUGUAGAUGGCAGGGGGAACGCUGUCUGGGGGAUUCUGGGGGCUUCCUGGGCAGAGAUGUGGGAACCCUGACCCCCCAGCCUCUCCAGCAGACGCGAGCUGUCCCACCAUCAGGGCCAGGACCGUUCGGUGGGGACAGACACUCUGUGAGGCACAUCAUGCCCAUGCUGUGUCAUACACGGACCCAGAGAGGGUGGGAACUCACUGUGGCCACACAGCAAGAUCAAGACUGACCCCGAGAUGGGCUUGUGGCUUUGCAGCUCGGGCAGGAGGAUUUGGAGCCUGCGUCUCCCUUCUGACGGGGCAGAAUUCCCUUGCCCUUGUCGUGUGUCUCUCUGCAUACCCCCAGGGACAGGCAGCUCACCACCUCCCAAGCAGCCUAUUCCAUUGCUGGCUGAGUGGCUCUGACAGAAAGUUCUUUGGGCUGGGAGGAGGGAGGAGCUGUCACACCCUCCCUGAGCACAAAAGGGAAGUGAUUUCCUGGGUCUCUGGGAAAGAGCAGGCAGGACUGGACCCUGGCCUGGCUGGUUCCCCUUAGGGCUCAGUCUCUGCUGCGAUCCUGGAGACCCUCUUCACCCGGUGCCCUGGGACAAACACCAGCCUCAGAGUCCCCAUCAGCAUCAGGGCACUGGCCCUGCCUCUGAGGGAACCAAAGGACAGGGCAGACCUGGGGUGGGGGAGCGACCGUCCCUUUGAGCAUGUGAUGUCCCCCCAUCACCCCCUCUGCCAGGCAGAGGUUUCUAGAAGGCAGUCUUGUCCAGGGCAUCCACCCCACUCAGCUUUUCUAUUCUACAGGGUUGGACCACUCCUGGGCUGGGAAGGCCCUCCCUCCCCUGCUUGGGUACCUCCCACUCUCAUUGUUUUCCCCUUUUCUGUAGAACAAAAUAUAGAAAAGUACAAAAGAUACUAUAACAAACAUCCACCACCCAAAAUACACACAUUCAACAUUUUAUCAUGUUUCCUUCAGAUCUUGUUUGUUUUAAGAACGGAAACUCUCAAAGCCAGAGCCCUCCACAGCCCCCUCCCCUGGACCCCCACCCUUUUCCAGGGGCCUGAGUUCUGGGCAUCCAGGCUGCCUGUCCCUGCCCCACUAGCCCGCAGCCCGCAGCUGUGCGUGCGCAGCCACGCGGGCGGUUCACCUGCAGCUCUCUCUCUGCAGCUGCUUUGAUUUUGGGCAUUAUGUUUCUGGGGCCAUGAGGACGCCUGUUCUUUAUUUAGGCUGGUGGCAAAGACCUCCACUGUGGGAAGUCUCCCUAGAGCCCCCCAGGUGGCGGGGAGGCCGGACCGCCUGCCUCUGCACGCGCACAGAUCGGGCUGUUCCUGGGCCCCAAAGAGCAGUGCCAGGUCUUUGAGUCUGAAGGGGCGAGGGCAUUUCUGUGUCACUGCCUGGGGGUUAAAUGGGUAGUGGAGGGAGGGAGGGAAGAUCGCAGGAGAAAUGGAAGGAGGGAGGGAAAGGGGGAGGGGCUAGCAUGCAGCUGGGACCCAGGCAGCCAGCACCAGUGUCACCUCCUCUCCUGGUCCUUCCUGCAGCCAAGUACCCGGCCAUCAAGGCCCUGAUGCGACCAGACCCUCAUCUCAAGUGGACAGUGCUGGGGCUGGUGCUGGCGCAGCUGCUGGCCUGCUGGCUGGUGCGGGGGCUGGCAUGGCGCUGGCUGUUCUUCUGGGCCUACACCUUCGGGGGCUGCGUGAACCACUCGCUGACGCUGGCCAUCCACGACAUCUCGCACAACACGGCCUUCGGCACGGGCCGCGCCGCCCACAACCGCUGGUUCGCCAUCUUUGCCAACCUGCCCAUAGGCUUGCCCUACGCCGCCUCCUUCAAGAAGUACCACGUGGACCACCACCGCUACCUGGGCGGCGACGGGCUGGACGUGGACGUGCCCACGCGCCUGGAGGGCUGGCUCUUCUGCACGCCGGCCCGCAAGCUGCUCUGGCUGCUGCUGCAGCCCUUCUUCUACUCGCUGCGGCCGCUCUGCGUGCACCCCAAGGCCAUGACCCGCAUGGAGGUGCUCAACGCCCUGGUGCAGCUGGCAGCCAACGCCACAAUCUUCUCCCUCUGGGGGCUCAAGUCCAUGGUCUACCUGCUGGCCAGCUCCAUACUGGGCCUGGGCCUGCACCCCAUCUCCGGCCACUUUGUGGCCGAGCACUACAUGUUCCUCAAGGGCCACGAGACCUACUCCUACUACGGGCCCCUCAACUGGAUCACCUUCAAUGUGGGCUACCACGUGGAGCACCAUGACUUCCCCAGCAUCCCGGGCUGCAACCUGCCCCUGGUGCGGAAGAUCGCGCCCGAGUACUACGACCACCUGCCCCAGCACCACUCGUGGGUGAAGGUGCUCUGGGAUUUUGUGUUUGAGGACUCCCUGGGGCCCUUCGCCCGGGUGAAGAGGGUGUACAAGCUGGCAGAAGACCCCCUGUGAGCCUGACAGCUGGGGCCUGGCGUGGAUGGACCCUGCCGUGCGCUGGCCCUGCUGAGGGCGGCUGGGGCCGAAGGUGGGAGCGGCCUGUGUGCUCUGGUUGCUGCCCGGCCCCACCCCGCCCGCCUGCUGCAGAGCUGGCUGUCACCUGUCCCCCCUCGGCCCACUGCCCAGAACUGGUUUGGCUGCAUUUGAUUCCUGCACCUUGGGCUGCUGCUCUUGUCCCUGGGAGCCCCGAGACCACGGGACAGUGGGCACGGACGGCAGCCUGGAGGCGCUUGGCCUGCACACAGGCUCGCCGUCCACCUCAGGCCCGGCCCUCCCUUUCUGGGCCACACGGGGCGAGGACCGGCCCUGCCCCGGGCACGCUGUGCCUGUGGUCUCCAGGGAACUGAUUUCUCUGGCAUUCCCAUGCCCUAAAUUGAACCCAGCGUUUGUUUUCAUGUCCACAGAUCGUGCUUCUGAGGCGUGGGCUCAGCUCCUGUCAGGCAGGGCCAGGGCCUCAGUGCGCCUCCCUCCUGGGGACGACUACCUGGCCCUCAGGCACGGCUGCUGCCGGCGCCUUGGGUCUGAGGUGGCAUUCCCCCAGGGCCCUGCCGUGGUGGGUGGCUGGCCUCGGGGCAUGGGCAGAAGGCUUCCCGCUCGCCCUGGAGGUCCACAUGGCUCCGAAGCCCCUCAUCACUAGCCUUCCCUCCUCUCCGCUCGGCUGAGCGCUGCAGACACCACCUCCCCCUGGCCCAGGGGUCUGCUCCUGCACGAGUCCCUGCUCCACCCUGAGCCCCCGCCCUCACCUGCUCAGCUGUGGGGCUCGAGAGCAGGUACCACAGGCCCGACAGUGGGUAGACAGGUGGUUGGACAGGUGACUUCCAGCUCUGAUGGAAGAAGGCUGGUGUCCUUGGUGUCUCUGUGAAGUGGGACAUGGCUUGUUCCGACUGCUGGGGGCUGCUGGCACAGCUGAGGCCUAGGGAGGCAUCUUUUUUGUCAGCCCCUUGGCCCUAAGGGCUGCACUGGGGUGGGCUGGGGCCUUGGUCUCCCCGAGGGAGGCAGGCAGAGGGGUGCCUGGGCCAGGCCCUCUGGCCAGAUGAAGGGGUGUGGGUGCAGCCCUGCAGCUCCCACCGCAGCCCAGGGAGACAGUCUUCCCUUGUAGACUUAAGGCUGAGGAGGCUGAGGACCAGCCCCUAGGGGUGUGCGGGGCUGGGCUGUUAGUGACCGGGGAGAGGGACGGCUGGGAGGAAGGCACACAGCAGCCCCCGCCCCCCUGCUGCCCGAGACCUGGCAGGUGCUGAGCAAGGACUUCCCACCCAGGGCUGGGAGUGGCCUCACGUGGUGCCAGGCACCCUUGUACCUGAAUGGUCUGACUACUGAGAUGGCCCAGGGAAGAGGCCCUCGGACUUGCUGGGGGAGGGACAUGCACUCGGCCUGGGAGUACUUUGAGCCUGGGCGGCGGCCCCGCCUUGUGCACACAGGCCCGCCAGGCCUGGGGGAGCCCUGGAGAGCCCAGCUGAGCCUCACAAACGCUCUGUGUCUGCCAGCGUGCUUCUCUGCAGACUGGGCAGAGAGGCAUGGCCAGGCCUUGCCCGUCAGCCUGGGGAGAGGGGAGCACCCCACACCAUCUGCCAGCUCCUACUCCCCAAGGCUGCGAGACUCCGGGGUUCCUGGACCUCAGGAAGCGGAGGGCAGAAGGAGAGGGGGCAGCUCUUGGAGCUGUGGGACCUGCCAGCCCGGGGUUAAAACUGCUCACCUCCUAACAAGCAGAACAGCUCCAGGCCUGUCCUUUAGGUUGCUGGGAGCACAGGGGGAGACAGUACGUCCAGAACCUGCCAGGAAAUAGUUGUUCCCUUGCCAUUAGCCAGACCGGGGGCCCUGCCUCAUCACCUCCUCCCAAGAUCCCCAGCGGACGGCUGGGCCAGAGCUGGGCACACUGCUGUGUUGUGUUGUGGGGGCCGUGGGAUGGUCACAGGAUUUCAAAGCUUUUCCACCAGCUGGGGCCUCCUCCCGGCCCAGAGGCAGCGGUCGCCCAGGCCGAAAGCCAGCCCCUCUCUGGCUCGGAUGGGGAACUUGCAUGGUCUGCGAAGUGCCUCAGGUGGGCAUACGGGCUGCCCCUGCUGACAUGGGGGCGGGAACCCGUGUCCUCCCUGGAGGAUGCAGGGGACUCUGGGCCAGAGCAGAGACAAAGUCUACCUUCCAUUCCCGUACCACCGUGCUGAGCCCGAGUCCCAGGGCCCCUACCUGUGUGGUAGGUGGAGCAGGUACACUCUCCAGGCCCCUCUGAUGUCCCAGGCAUGGGCGUCACUCAGGGCCCAUCUCCCUGGAGGAGGCUGGGGGGUGGCGGGGGGCCCUGCCGGAAGUGCCUGGGCUGCCCCAGCUCACCCUCCCCACCCCUCGUGUCUGGCUCAGCCCAGCUGCACCUCAAGGACCCCGAGGUGCUCCUGCUACCCUGGGCACCACCACCCCCAAAAAGGGGCCUCCCCAGCCAGGAGUGACCACGAGCCGGCGUGAGAGAGCAAGCCGGAGCCAGGGGUGUGGACAGUAAGCAUUUAUUACCACGGGGACACAGACGGCGCGGUGCGUGGACAGACCCUCACCACUGUGGGGCUGGGAAGGAGCUGUUGGACAGUGGCCUCCGCGCCGAGGCGCUACCAGUGGCACCUAGAAGGAAACUUGAAACCAUCUAAUGAAGCGCGUGACUCAGGGUGUCUUCUCUAUAAACCGAAAGAAAUGUACACUUAAAUAGGCAAAUAUAAAAUACAAAAAAAGGUGAAUAGACCUGCUGUUCUGUGUCAGGUUGAAUCUAAAAAAAUCCAGGAAUUGAA